CGGGGAGAGGGGCGGAGCCGGGGCGGGGCGGGGCGGGCGUCCCGGGCUUGAUUAGGUAGGAGGCGGCAGAGCGCGGUCGGCGGCCGGAAGUAGCCGAAGCGAGCGGCGGAAGUAGCCGAAGCGGCCGGAGCGGGCGGGCGGCAAGGCGAAGCCAGAGCUGCACAGGCCCUUACGCGGCCGCCUCAGCAUGUCGGACUUCGACGAGUUCGAGCGGCAGCUCAACGAGAAUAAGCAAGAGCGGGACAAGGAGAACCGGCACCGGAAGCGUAGCCACAGCCGCUCUCGGAGCCGGGACCGCAAGCGCCGGAGCCGGAGUCGGGACCGGCGUAACCGGGACCAGCGGAGCGCCUCCCGGGACAGGCGGCGGCGGAGCAAACCUUUGACCAGAGGCGCUAAAGAGGAGCACGGUGGAUUGAUUCGCUCCCCCCGCCACGAGAAGAAGAAGAAGGUCCGUAAAUACUGGGAUGUCCCGCCACCUGGCUUUGAGCACAUCACCCCCAUGCAGUACAAGGCCAUGCAAGCUGCGGGUCAGAUUCCAGCUACCGCUCUUCUCCCUACCAUGACCCCUGAUGGCCUGGCUGUGACCCCGACACCGGUGCCUGUGGUCGGGAGCCAGAUGACCAGACAGGCCCGGCGCCUCUACGUGGGCAACAUCCCCUUUGGCAUCACUGAGGAGGCCAUGAUGGACUUCUUCAAUGCCCAGAUGCGCCUUGGGGGGCUGACCCAGGCCCCUGGCAACCCCGUCUUGGCUGUGCAGAUUAACCAAGACAAGAACUUUGCCUUUUUGGAGUUCCGCUCAGUGGAUGAGACCACCCAGGCUAUGGCGUUCGAUGGCAUCAUCUUCCAGGGCCAGUCGCUGAAGAUCCGCAGGCCUCACGAUUACCAGCCCCUGCCUGGCAUGUCAGAGAAUCCCUCUGUCUAUGUGCCUGGAGUUGUGUCCACGGUGGUCCCGGACUCUGCCCACAAGCUGUUCAUCGGGGGCUUACCCAAUUACCUGAACGAUGACCAGGUGAAAGAGCUGCUGACAUCGUUCGGGCCUCUCAAGGCCUUCAACCUGGUUAAGGACAGUGCUACGGGGCUCUCCAAGGGCUACGCCUUCUGUGAGUACGUGGACAUCAACGUUACAGAUCAGGCCAUCGCGGGGCUGAAUGGGAUGCAGCUGGGGGAUAAGAAACUGCUCGUCCAGAGGGCAAGUGUGGGAGCCAAGAAUGCCACGCUGAGCACUAUCAACCAGACCCCUGUGACCCUGCAAGUGCCGGGCCUCAUGAGCUCCCAGGUGCAGAUGGGCGGCCACCCAACGGAGGUGCUGUGUCUCAUGAACAUGGUGCUGCCCGAGGAGCUGCUGGACGACGAGGAGUACGAGGAGAUUGUGGAGGAUGUGCGGGAUGAGUGCAGCAAGUAUGGGCUCGUCAAGUCCAUUGAGAUCCCCCGGCCUGUGGACGGCGUCGAAGUGCCCGGCUGCGGAAAGAUCUUCGUGGAGUUCACCUCUGUGUUUGACUGCCAGAAAGCCAUGCAGGGCCUGACGGGGCGCAAGUUCGCCAACAGAGUGGUUGUCACAAAAUACUGUGACCCCGACUCUUACCACCGCCGGGACUUCUGGUAGAGGUGGAGGGGGAGGGUGGGGGCAGGGUUGGUUGGGGGCUUCUCCCCCUCCCGCCCCCC